AUGGCUUCGCGAACCUCCUUUGGUGGCCCCAUGAAAAACCACUUCCUCAUCGAUCCCAACUACCGAAACCUGAACCACGGUUCCUUUGGGACAUACCCGAAUCAAAUCCUCGAAGCUCAACAAUCCAUUCAAAAGUCCCUUGAGGCCGCUCCGGACAUCUUCAUCCGCUACACCCAACCACCCCUCCUUGACAAAUCACGUCAAACCCUCGCGACGCUUCUCAACAUCCCCGUCUCCGAGUGCGUCCUUGUAAAAAAUGCGACUACCGGGGUGAACACAGUUCUACACAACCUCGCAGUCACCCGCGCUGUAACUCCCAAUGAUGUCGUGAUCUACUUCGACACCGUCUACGGCGCUGUCGAGCGCACUCUCAUCGCACUUAAGGAAAGCUGGGGCGUUCAGCUGCGGAAAGUGAAAUACACCUUCCCGCUUGAAGAGGGCGAGCUUGUUGCUAGGUUUCGCGAUGUCGUGGAAGAUGUGAAGAGAGAAGGCCUCGUGCCCAGGGUCGCUGUCUUUGAGACGAUUAUUUCAAACCCAGGUAUCAGAUUCCCGUUUGAGGAGGUUACGAGUGUCUGUAAGGAGCUAGGGAUUCUGAGCCUUAUUGAUGGGGCGCAUGGCGUUGGGAUGAUCAAGCUUGAUUUGGAUAAGCUUGGGGUGGACUUUUUUACGAGUAAUUGUCAUAAGUGGCUCUAUACCCCUCGCUCUUGCGCGGUCCUCUAUGUUCCUACAAGGAACCAGCACCUGAUUCGGACCAGCCUGCCGACGUCAUGGAACUAUGUCCCACCGGCUCCUUCUGCAGCGAGUACGCAGGGUGCGGAUGAUGAAGAGCUCCCCCCAUCUGUGCUCCCCACUACAGGAGAUCCAAAGUCGGCCUUCGUCACGCUAUUCGAGUUCACCGGGACAACCGACGACAGCGCAUACGCCUGCGUCCCCGCUGCAAUGAAGUUUCGGGCUGAAGUCUGCGGCGGUGAGGAAGCAAUCUAUGGCUAUCUUGAGAAAUUGGCCGGGGAAGCGGGGGAUGUUGUUGCUGCUGCGCUGGGGACGGAUGUUCUUCGGGCAGUGAAGGGAGAAAGAGGGGGAUUGGGAUGUGCAAUGGUUAAUGUGCGCUUGCCGGUGAGGAUCAUUGAGUCCCAGUCCCCGGUCCAAAUGAAGUCUGGCCCAUCAAAGGGAGUGAUAGAUGUGCGGUCUGAGGAUGUGAGUAGCUUGUCGCAUUGGAUGCAUGCGCAGUUGGUGGAUAGGGGCACUUUCGUGCCUAUUUUCCCGCAUGGGGAGUGGUUCUUUACUAGGCUAAGUGCGCAAGUUUACCUGGAUCGGAAUGACUUUGAGUGGUUGGCCGGUAUAUUACAAGAGAUUCUGGGAGGGGUAGAAGGGUUUUUGAAUACCCUCAAGGUCCCCAAAGCCAGUUUAUAA